GGUAUUGUUGGAAUGGUGGGUUUUAUAUUGGUGUUUAUCAAGCAUGAAUGCGUAUCAAGGUCUUACAGAUAAUCAUCUCUAACCCUCUUCAAGCAAGCCAUAAGAGCAGACCCUUGGCCUUUUUCCUUUACUUUCUUGUGAAGAUCUCAUCUCCAAAGCCAAAAAAUAAAGAGAUAGUUUUGUGUUUUGUAUUGGUUUCUUGAUUCUCUUAAAAGAAAUCAAGCUCAAAGAAAUGGGUAGUGGAGAGAAGGGUCUAAGAGGGUUUGGGAAGAAACAAGUAAUCAGGGAUAUUCCAAAAGGGUGUUUGGCGAUCAAGGUUGGGCAAGGAGAGGAACAACAGAGAUUUGUAGUGCCAGUCAUAUAUUUUAAUCAUCCAUUGUUCAUGCAGCUGUUGAAAGAAGCAGAAGAAGAGUAUGGAUUUGAUCAGAAAGGAACAAUCACCAUCCCUUGUCACGUUGAAGAGUUUAGGUACGUUCAAGGCAUGAUUGAUAGGGAAAAGUCCCUUAACCACCAUCACCAUGUUGGCUGUUUUAGAGUUUGAUUCAAAUCCUUAUCGGGGGCGGGGCCAAACAGCCCUAACGCUUGAUCAUCAUCGACAAAUACCUUAUCUUUGUCUAAUGAAUGCCUUUUUCGUCUUUGUAAAUUUGAAUCUUUUUGGUCGUUUUGUUUCCGUUUAUUACUAGAACUAGAUGUAUUAGGUUUUGGUUGGUUUCUGCUGUUGCAAUGAUAAAGAUGAUGUCUUCAUGACGACAAAAUGCUGCCAUAGUAAUUUUGUUACGAACCGUACGUUGUAUAAAAGAGAAGUAACUACUUUGCCGUUCUUUUUUUCUAA